CACCGGCACGAAAAUAUGUAGUGUUGUAAAGUGUAAAAAACUGUGCGUGUGUGUUGGUUUGGAUGAACAGCUGUUUUCCGUAAUUGGUUGAGCAAAAUGCAAGAGUUUUCGGCCAAGCGCAAUGCACUCUUCGCGUGCCUCGACGACGCCAGCAAAGAGCUCAAGGGGACGGCCCUGGAUCAGAGCAAGGCCAAGUCGUACACAGUGAAUGCCCUCGAACAGCGAGCAGGAGGCGACGCCGGAUGUGGACAGGUCAUGCACUAUCGCCAUGGCCGCAGCAUUGAUUGUGGCACUGAGCCCGAGGUGGGCCAGCUGAAACGCAUGAGGGGCAAAGAGAGUAUAUUCAAGAAGCCGGAAAUGCCCAUUGGACGCUGCCUGAAGCCCCGCAAGACACCCGACUACCAGAUGAAUCCCCACAAGUGGAAAAAGUAUUCCCUAGAAGAUGUGGACAUAUCCGAUCAAAGCAACUCCAGCGCCGCCUUGUCUUUUCUGCGGCAAAUGGAUGCCCAACGCCAGACGGAAGCAGGCGACGAUGCAGAGAUGGACGCUGGAGGCAAGAUUGAAUUCAAAAAGAAGAGCAAACUGAAUCGUAAUCUCAAGAAGCUGGAAGCCGAAGAAGUGGCCGAUGUGGAGCUGGACAAACCCCGGCUUAGGGGCUCCAAACUGGUGAUGCCCGAAUACAUCAUUGGCCAGAAGAAGCCGCAAAAGCAAACAAAAUCGAAACCCAGCGACAAUAAAAUCCGUGCUGCUGGCAAACUGCAGCUGUCCCACUUGGCGGAAGAGGAUGGUGAUGAUGAUGAUGUGGCUUAGGAUUUACGUCAACUGUAGAUAUAGAUUUAAACUUUACUUAAUAGUCUUUACGUAUAAUGUAAAUAUAUAGUAUCCCAAACCGAUGUCGUA